ACCCUCAAACUUCCACCUUCACAUGAAACCGCCUCUUUCUCCGCCGAUUUGCAUUUCUUCCUCCAAUCUCUCACUUCAACUCCUCUCGUCUCUCACUCCUAAGCCCCAGACUCUCCUGCACUUCCAAAAACUGUUCUCUUCAACCUCAACUGAGACACCCAAAUGGAAUUCAAACACCAAGAACCUUAUGAUCACCAACCCAACUCUGUUGCUCAUGGAGUCCUGCAAUUCAAUGUCCCAGUUGAAGCAAAUUCAAGCCCAUAUGACUCGAACUGGCCUUAUAUUCCACCUUUUCCCUGUAAGCCGAGUCCUCUCCUUUUGCGCCCUCUCAGACGCCGGCAACAUAUCCCAUGCUCAUUUAUUAUUUACUCAAAUUUCUGAACCCAAUGUUUAUAUAUGGAAUACUAUGAUUAGAGGGUAUUGUAAAGCGCAAAAACCUGUAGUGGGUUUUUCCUUUUUUCAGAAAAUGGUUCGAGAAUACGUUGAAAUGGAUAGGAGAAGCUUUGUGUUUGCGUUGAAAGCGUGUGAGCUUUUACACCGAGUUGAAAUGGGUAUUUCGAUUCAUUGUAGAAUUUGGAAAGUGGGUUUUGUGUUUGAUUUGAUCGUGCGAAAUAGGUUGAUUCAUUUUUAUGGUAAUUGGGGGUGUUUAGACUAUGCACAGAAAGUGUUUGAUGAGAGUUGUGAAGUAGACGUUGUAUCCUGGACUGCCAUGAUUGAUGGUUAUUUGAAAAAGAAACGGCCUGAUGAGGCCUUGAGGCUUUUUGAUUCGAUGUUAGGAAGUAGUGUUGAGCCCAAUCAGGUUACUUUGAUCACGGUGUUUUCCGCGUGUGCACAACAGGGGGACUUGAGUUUGGGGAAAUCUAUUCAUAAAUAUGUAGAAACGAACAAUGUCAAAUGUAGUCUAAAUUUGAUGAAUGCGAUGUUGGAUAUGUAUGUAAAGUGUGGUGGCUUCAGUUCGGCGAAAGAGUUUUUUGAUGAGAUGGAGAUAAAGGAUGUUUUCUCAUGGACAAGUAUGAUCAAUGGUUAUGCCAAAAAGGGGGAGUUAGACUUGGCAAGAAAAUAUUUUGAUGAGAUGCCCGAGAGGAAUGUGGUUUCUUGGAACGCAAUGAUUGCUGGUUAUUCGCAGAACAAUAAACCUGAGGAAGCUCUAGAGCUUUUUCAUGACAUGAAGAAAGAAGGCUUGGUCCCCAUAGAGAGUACUUUAGUAUGUGUCCUCUCUGCGUGUGCUCAGUCUGGUUGUUUGGAUUUAGGUCAAUGGAUUCAUAAUUAUUAUGUUAAACAAAACCGGAUUCAAUCUAGGGUGAUUCUAAGUAAUGCAUUCAUAGACAUGUAUGCCAAAGGUGGAAGCAUUGAUGCAGCCGCAGAGGUCUUCAAUGAGAUGACAGUGAAGGACAUGGUGUCUUGGAAUUCCAUUAUAGUUGGAUAUGCUUCUCAUGGGCAUGCUGAAAAGGCCCUUAACCUUUUUGAAGAAAUGAAGAGUACUGGGUUGAAGCCUGAUGAUAUCACAUUUGUGGGGGUUCUGUCCGCUUGCAGUCACGGUGGGUUGGUGAAUCAAGGCUGGGAAUAUUUUAGAAACAUGGAGAGUGACUGUGGGUUAAAACCUAAAGUGGAACAUUAUGCAUGCAUGAUUGAUUUACUCGGCCGAACUGGGCACCUUGAAGAAGCAUAUGAGUUGAUAACAAAAAUGCCGAUGGAGCCUGAUGAAGCAGUUUGGGGUGCUCUUCUUAAUGCAUGUAGGACACAUGGAGAUGUUGAGCUAGGCAAGCUUGCUGCUGAUAAACUAAUGCUUUUGGAUCCUAAAGACAGCGGUAUUUAUGUGCUCCUUGCAAGUCUUUGUGCAAAUGAGAAAAAAUGGGGGGAUGUAAGGACAGUUAGAAGUUUGAUGAGAGAAAAAGGUAUCAAGAAGACUCCUGGGCAAAGCUUGAUCGAGGUGGGUGGUGAGUUUCAUGAUUUUUUGGUUGCAGAUGAGGCACAUCAGCAAUCCAAAGAUAUUUACAAGGUGCUGAAUGAAUUAAUCUUGCUGUCAAGAUUGGGUGAUUACGCGUCAAACACUGCUGAAUUGGUUUAAUUUCACGACGACCGUUAAAUCUUAUUCCUGUUGUAUGAUAAAUAUGUCACGGUCUUGUCAAUACAGGCAAGUAGUUCUGCUCCAUUGAUUCAAUACCAAUGAGUUGGCCGCCAAUGUGAUAUACUGAAGUACUCGGUGUAAAAUUGUAAGAGCAAAGUUGACUAUACAAAGAGUGUCAAAACUUCAAACAACACACGCCAUCUAAAAUUCUGCACCGAUAGGGAAGACUUUGUGAAAGAGGAUAAUCCCCUGGGAUACAGGCACAUAGCUGACCAAAUCAAUUGUUGCAACUCAGAGCGCCACCUUUGGAAAUCUUCCAAAGGAUGAGUUCUAACUUUGCAGGCCUGUUGAGGCAUUUGCUAUUUGAUUGUUGCAGUUUAGAUCCCUUUGAUUGGUGAGGGAAGCGUAUCAUUUGAGAAGCACGAGGAUGAAGAGUACCAAUUUUGGUGCCCAGCCCCCUUGUACGUGGUCCUGUGUAAUGAGUGUGGAGAACAUUUUUUUAAAAUUUUAAGUUCCCACCUCUAAGCAAUUUGACUCUGAUAAUAUCACUAUUUCAUGUAGCAACGCAAUGAGAAUAAUUUCCAUUACUAACUAUUUGCAUCAAGGACUAACUAACUUGUUUUUUAUUAAGCUGAGUCAAGUA